GGUCGCUCAGGCACGCGCGCUCCGCACAACGCUGAUUGCAAGUGCGGCGUGACGGGGGUGAAGAGGGAACCCCUUCACAAGCUAACGGAAAUUCGCCGAGUUCGCCGGCGGAGUGGAGUUGAGUUCGCCGGCGGAGUGGAGUUGAGUUCGCCGGCGCCACCGAAGUGGAGUUCGUCGGCUAAGUGGAACCCGCUCAUUGCAAGUGGAGCGGCGCAAACAUAUAUGGCCGGUCGCUCGUCUCUCUUGAAAGGUCGCACGUGCUCGCCUUAUGGAUGUGUGCGUGUAGCGGGGGGGGCGUUUUUUUGCUGAACAAGUCUGCGGCGCGGCAUACUCUCGUCACAAUACUAGUUGCUUUUUGACGGAUCUCUGCCCGGAAUUGCGUACAGGUGCAUCCAGCGAAGGUCGUAAUUCCGGUCAGAUACGUUCGUGAAAGUCUCAGCGGGCUUUAUCGUUACUAUUUCGCGCGUGUCGAGUAUACCGCUCUCGGACUGUUUCGCUGGGGAAAAAAGGGAAAAAAACUAAGUAAACAAGCGGAAGCCGCAAAGAGCUUGAGAGAAGAGGAGCGAUGGAGUCUGUUGGCGGCGUAUUGCAGACUGUCAUGGGGCCUGCUUGUCAGACGAUUGCAGGCUGCCGAAUGCCAGGCAGGGGUGUCGUUAGCCGACAGGGCAGUGCGCGAGGGUUGGGCGGGCCAAGCUGCUCAACCUGCCAGGACACCACCAUCGCCAUCGCCAUCGCCAUCGCCAGGCGGGGAGUUGCAGCUCCCUCGGAAUGCUAUGCACGCGCAGGUCUGCGCCUGCCGCGGUUGUCAGUAAAGUUGCAGGCUGGCAGCCGCAUCUGCAGAGUCGCCAGCGACUUCCGGCGGCAGAUUUCCCUGUCGGGACACCGAUCCAAGCCCAUCCAACGGAGAGGGGUGGUGCAAAUGGCUGUCGGGGAGCUGCCGACGUACGAUGACGACGACUAUGUGGUCGUCGGGCUCGCGCAUUGUUUCACCAAGGACGAGAGUGGGAAACUCGACGACGCCUUCGUCAUCGAGCCUAUACCUGCAGGAGGACUGGAAUGCAUGGAGAACGGUGGCGUGACGUGUUAUAAGUACGUGACAGCCACACGAAUGGGGAAGAUCCUGUCACAGGACAAAUCUGUACUUCCGGAGGAGUUCAGGAGUGGUCGAUUUAGCGAGAGUUUCGACUUUCGCGCCAAGUGCGCUGCUCGCACGUGGAAACGACAACACCCUCAAGAGAAUUUGCUGCAUCUGGUGGAGGAGGGAAGCGUCCGUUCGGAUUUCAACUUCUCGUUGGAAGUGAAGAGGGUGCUGAACGAGGAGGUCGUCGUCAAUGAUGACGACAACAUUAAACAAGACUUGAGUAUCGACGUGUACGGCCGUGCCAAGGACAAGAACGAGAUGAAGGAAAUCGAUAAAUUAUAUAAUGCCUAAUAAAACAGCAAAAAAAAAAAGGCUCAUCCUCCUCCUCCUUCUCCUCCUCCUUUUGAUAGUAGAUACAUAGGUGCAUUCACUGCAUUGUUAUUGUUUUGUAGCUUCAGAAGAAGAAAAAAUGUUUUGUUACUUCAGAAGAAAAGUUGCCUAUCCCGACCCGAAUUCCGUUGUUCAGGGGCUCUUUCUUUUUGCGUCCUUGCUGGCUCUCUCUCUGGAAUUUAUUUGUUUAUUCAUUGUAUUUAUAAAAAAAAAUCCCUUCCUGUUUUGCUGUCGUCUUUCUUGUAGCUGCUUGUUGUUGUUUCUGCAAGAAACCAUAAAAAG